UAGGAACACAGGGGGCAUUACAGGGGUCGUUGGGGGUCGCAUGCGAUGAACUUCCGUUCAGUGCAUCAUGAAGUCCCAGAACAGCCGGCCGCAACAGCCAGACAGCUCGCACGAUUGGAGCGCCGAGGCGUGUGAGGAGUCAUCCAUCCACGGCAUGCCCUACGUGGCCCGCAGGGAUCUCCACUGGACCGAGCGAGUCUUUUGGCUGAUCAUGGUCGUGGCAUCCGCCUACUACGCCAUCAGCAGCUGCCUCAACCAGUGGGAGCGGUUCCGGGACAACCCGAUUGUCUACGAGUACGAAUACCUCUUCGCGCUGCGCAACUUCACCUUCCUCGGGGUGACACUGUGCACCAACUACGAGACCGACGAGCAGGUGGACCAAAUCAUUAAUCAGACUUGGGGAGUUAAUGCAUUGGAAGAUCCAACAAAGGCAGCAUACUAUGCCAAGUUUUUGCGUGUGCUAAACCGCCUGCAGUACACCACCCUGGACACACUAAAACCUUUCGAGAAUGACACUAGUCUGGACAACUUGCCCUAUUUGAACAUUCUGCUUAAGCUGCAGGAGAAGGUUCUUCCGCCUAAAACUCCUGUGCUCCUGGCGCCGAUCAUAACGGAGGUGGGUCUGUGCCAAACCACCAGCCAGUUAACCCGGUACGGAAAUCCCUACGGCAAAAUACAAGACCUGAAUGUGACGGAUGUCAGGCAAUGCGGUUUUUUCAGCGAGUGCCAGAUUAUGCACAAGCCGUUCAAUAGCAUCUUGACCCAUGUGUUCCUGUACCUGCACGAUGUCAAUGAAAUGAUGCUCCCCCACGAUCUUCGCACUGUAACGUUUGAUGCUAAGGUCAAAAGCUCUUACGUUCUGAAACUUCUGGUCCACUCUAUAUCGGCGGAUAUCGAGGUGCGAAAUCUACCGGUGGCAUAUCGCAAGUGUCGCUAUACUGACGAAAACAAUCUUAAGUACUUUAGCCCCUAUCAUCCGAGUCUCUGUCGGCUGGAGUGCCGAAUAAACUGGGCCCUGAGUAUGUGCCACUGCAAGCCCUAUUUCUACGUAGCAGCUCCCAAGGCUCCAGUGUGCAACAUAUCCGGAUUGCUGUGCCUAGCCCGCUCCAAGUGGCUGGAAAAGCCCUGCGAUUGCUUUCCGUUGUGCCGGGAGAACACCUACAACAUCAUCGAAGAGGACGAGCAGAGUGGGGGCGAUAAACAAUACGUGGGCGAGCAGUUCGAGCGGACGUUGAUCAUUAAGAUGGGUCUGCCCAAGAUGGGCAUGAAGCGAAGAGUCGUGUUCAGCACAGAUCAGUUGAUAAUGUCGUUCGGCGGAGCCAUUGGCCUCUUUCUCGGAGCCAGCUUCAUGACCAUAUACGGUCUGAUUUACCUAUUACUCAAUUUUCUAGCCGUAAAAAUUACUUAAAGAAAACAAAUAAUAAGGAACUCAUUGUGGGACACCUUGUAAUAACAUUUUGUAGUUUUACCAAUUUGUAUAUGUAACCAAAUAUUAUGGUUUUUAAUUUUUAAA